AUGGGAAACCGGGGGAUGGAAGACCUCAUUCCCCUUAUCAACAAGCUCCAGGACGCCUUCAGCUCCAUCGGGCAGAGUUGCAACUUGGAGCUGCCCCAAAUAGCGGUCGUCGGCGGCCAGAGCGCGGGGAAGAGCUCGGUUCUGGAGAAUUUCGUUGGCAGAGACUUCUUGCCCAGAGGGUCUGGUAUUGUCACCCGUCGUCCUCUUAUCCUGCAACUUGUUAACAACAAAGCAGAGUAUGCAGAGUUCCUCCACUGUAAAGGUCGUAAAUUUGUAGACUUUGAUGAAGUCCGUCAAGAGAUUGAAGCAGAAACCGACCGCCUGACAGGAUCCAACAAGGGUAUUUCACCCAUCCCAAUCAACCUCCGAGUCUACUCCCCUAACGUGUUAAACCUGACCCUCAUCGACUUGCCGGGAAUGACUAAGGUGGCUGUUGGAGACCAGCCUGUGGACAUUGAACACCAGAUCAGAGACAUGCUGCUCCAGUUCAUCACCAAGGAGAGCUGCCUAAUACUUGCUGUCACUCCGGCAAAUACUGACCUGGCCAACUCUGAUGCUCUCAAGAUUGCCAAGGAGGUGGAUCCACAGGGUCUUCGGACUAUUGGAGUGAUUACCAAGCUGGACUUGAUGGAUGAGGGGACUGAUGCUCGAGACAUUCUGGAAAACAAACUGCUUCCUCUCCGCAGGGGUUACAUCGGGGUGGUGAACCGCAGUCAGAAAGACAUUGAUGGGAAGAAAGACAUUCGCGCUGCUUUGGCUGCUGAACGCAAGUUCUUCUUGUCCCAUCCGGCAUACAGACACUUUGCAGAACGCAUGGGCACACCACACCUGCAGAAGACACUGAAUCAGCAACUUACCAACCACAUCCGUGAUACUCUGCCAGGGUUACGGAGUAAGCUUCAAAGCCAGCUGCUCUCCCUGGAGAAAGAAGUAGAAGAAUACAAAAACUUCCGUCCGGAUGAUCCUGCACGCAAAACCAAGGCUUUGCUUCAGAUGGUGCAGCAGUUUGGUGUGGACUUUGAGAAGUGCAUCGAAGGCUCAGGGGAUCAGGUGGACACCUCCAAUUUAUCUGGAGGUGCAAAGAUCAACCGCAUUUUCCAUGAGCGUUUUCCUUUUGAGCUGGUGAAGAUGGAGUUCGAUGAGAAGGAACUGAGGAAAGAGAUCAGUUACGCUAUCAAAAACAUCCAUGGAGUCAGGACAGGCCUGUUCACCCCAGAUAUGGCGUUUGAGGCCAUAGUGAAAAAGCAGAUCAUUAAGCUGAAAGAACCAUGUCUGAAAUGCAUCGACAUGGUUAUCCAGGAGCUCAUCAACACAGUCAGGCAGUGCACUAAUAAGCUGGGAUCAUAUCCUCGCCUUCGAGAAGAGACUGAGCGAAUUGUCACCACCUACAUAAGAGAGAGGGACAGCAAGACUAAAGACCAGGUGCUCCUGUUAAUUGACAUUGAACUAUCCUACAUUAACACGAACCAUGAGGACUUCAUUGGGUUUGCCAAUGCCCAGCAGAGGACGGCUGCAAAUGCAACAAAGAAACGAGUCAUGCCUAACCAGGUUAUCCGUCGAGGCUGGUUGACAAUCAACAUUAGCAUUAUGAAGGGAGGCUCCAAGGACUACUGGUUUGUCCUCACUGCCGAGUCCCUGUCCUGGUACAAAGAUGAGGAGGAGAAGGAGAAAAAGUACAUGUUGCCUCUCGACAACUUGAAGCUAAGAGAUGUGGAGAAGGGAUUUAUGUCCAGCAAGCAUGUCUUUGCCAUUUUCAACACUGAGCAAAGGAACGUAUACAAAGACUUGCGACAGAUCGAGCUGGCUUGUGAUACUCAGGAGGACGUCGAUAGCUGGAAAGCCUCGUUCCUCAGAGCUGGUGUUUAUCCUGAGAAAGACCAGCCCGACAAUGAAGAUGCCAUGGUUCCAGGUGACACAGUGUCCAUGGACCCACAAUUGGAGCGACAGGUGGAAACCAUUCGCAACCUUGUGGACUCCUACAUCAGCAUUGUCAACAAGUCCAUUAGAGACCUCAUGCCCAAGACCAUUAUGCACCUCAUGAUUAACAGUGCAAAGGACUUCAUCCACUCUGAGCUGCUGGCCUACCUGUACUCAGCUGGGGACCAGAGCAGCCUAAUGGAGGAGUCUGUUGAGCAAGCUCAGAGGAGAGAUGAGAUGCUCAGAAUGUACCAUGCUUUGAAAGAAUCUCUAGUCAUUAUUGGGGACAUAAGUACCACCACUGUUUCAACCCCUGUGCCUCCACCAGUAGACGACACCUGGAUCAAAGAAUCAAGUCCUCCUGCAGGAAUCCGCCCUACUGCUGCAACAGUCCCCCCGCCAAACCGACCCCCGGCGGUCAGGGGUCCCGCACCUGGUCCGGCCCUGCCCCUGAACCCCUCACCAGCAUUUGGCGCGCCACCGGUGCCUACACGACCUGGCCCACCGCUCAAUCAGUCCGGUUUUGAACCAAACGUUCCAUUGAUUCCCUCCAGACCAGCACGAGUGCCUCCUGCUCUGCCACCGGGCAUUCCAAGCAGAAGACCCCCGGCUGCUCCCAACAGACCCACCAUCAUACGUCCUUCAGAACCCUCCCUGCUUGACUAG